AUGGGAAAGUUGGUAGCCCAGACUGAGAUCAAGUCUGAUGGAGAUGUGUUCCAUGAGAUCUUAAGGUACAGACCACACCAUAUAACCAAUAUGAGCCCAAGUAUCAUCCAGGGUGUUUCUAUACAUGAAGGUGAAUGGGGAACUGUGGGCUCUAUCAUGUUCUGGAACUACACCCAUGACGGGAAAGAGAAGGUUGCCAAACAGACCAUCCAAGCCGUCGAUGAAGAAAAGAAGUCAGUGACAUUCAAGGUGAUUGAAGGAGAUCUCAUGAAGCUGUACAAGUCCUUCAUUAUAACUGCUCAUGUUGAUACAAAGGGUAAAAGCAACUUGGUGACAUGGACUUUGGAUUAUGAGAAGCUGAAUGACAGGGUGGAAGACCCAAAUACUUUGAUGGACUCGAUUCUUGCUGUCACCAAAGAUAUUGAAGCUCACCAUCUCAAGUAA